AUGAACAUGAUGGUGAUGCCAUUUAUCACUGAAGAUCCAGAGUUUCUAUGUGAGAUUCCAAAGGGGAAUAAAACGCUCUACGAACCAUUUGACAAAUGUACGAUGAAAGAUCUUAACGAUUGGCACAUACAGUGUGAAGCGAUCCCAAACUCGAAAUAUGUCUACAAUACAACGAUUCAUGAAUCAAUCGCUUCUGAGUUCGAUCUCGUUUGUAACGAUUACGAAUCAACCGAGCACGCCUCGUCGAUCUUCUUGUUUGGCGGAAUGAUCGCCUCACCUGUGAUCACUCAACUCUCUGAUAUGAUGGGCAGGAAAGCGAUCAAUGCUUUCUCUGGAGUGGUUUCUUUUCUCGGUGAUAUCGGAUCGGUGAUCGCUCCCUAUUUGAAGCGAUUGGAAGCCGUUCAUGCGUCUGCCCCAAAUCUUCUCAUUGCCGUCACCUCUUUCAUCGCCGCUUUCUGCAUUCUCUUUUUGCCAGAGACAAAGGAUAAAAAGCUACCCGAAGAUCUCGACGCGUUCGAUCCCGGUCCGCUUGGUCGAUUUUUAGAGAAACGUGAAAAAGAAAAAACGAAAAAGACAAAAAGUAAUGGCAAAGAUAUAGAAGCACCAAUGUUGGAAGCGAUCCCGGAGGAGUCAAGCUCCCAGGAGAACACAAAC